GAUUGGGUUGUGAAAUAUGUCGCGGCUGCAUCUCCUGCGACUGGCUCCGGAGGAACCGACGCUGUACUCCAGAAGGAUUCUGUUGCUUCUGACUCCGGGAUUCUUGCAUCUUCGAGUGGAAGUGAGAUUGUUGCAAAACACCCUGCGCUAAAGGGGAACACCAGCCAUCAGUCUUUUGAAGGAAGCGAUCGCCCAAGACAAUUCACAACUAGCAAUCUCGUCUCUUGGGCCUACCAGAUAGCUAAAGGCAUGGAAUACUUGGGUUCCCGUAAGGUUGUCCAUAGGGACUUGGCCACGAGAAACAUUCUACUUGCAGAAGAAAAAAUCGUGAAAAUUUCCGACUUUGGCCUUGCCAGAGACAUCUAUAAGAACAAUCAGUACAUCACGAAGGGGGAUGGUCCAUUGCCGAUAAAAUGGAUGGCCUUGGAGUCCCUCACACAGGACAUGGUCUAUACGAGCAAAUCAGAUGUUUGGGCGUAUGGAAUUACACUUUGGGAAAUGUUCAGCCUUGGGAANGAGCAAAUCAGAUGUUUGGGCGUAUGGAAUUACACUUUGGGAAAUGUUCAGCCUUGGGAAGACCCCGUAUCCUGGAAUAAACGGCGCAGAGCUCGUCCGGCUUCUCCAGACGGGGUACCGCAUGGAGGCACCUCGAUUCGCCGAUCAUCAUUUGUGAGACACUGUAUACCGGGUGCGGUUUUUAACUUUGAACAUGAUGUCCAUCGGCGGUUCAUAUCGACAAUUUCUUUUCCGUGCUUGAAUAGCUACCAAAUAAUGCGGAGGUGUUGGGAUGAGGAUCCAAACAAUCGUCCGACCUUCCUCGCGUUGAGUGCAUGGUUAGGCGAAAUGCUUCCUGAGUCUGAGUUUCUGCACUACAUGGAAAAGUACGAGAUGUUCGAACAAAAGAACGCAGAGUACUUCCGGACCAAGACGGACUACCUAAAAUUGAUGCCAACUGAUACGGAUGAUAGAUACCUGAUACCGUUGAGUAAAAAGCAUGGAACGGAAGAUGUUUCAUCUGUACCCGAACAUGUGAAAUCGGAGAAUUUUCAGCCAAAGAUGGACAAUCUGCCGAAAAUGGCAACCAUAGCACAAGAGGAUCACCUACAGGGAAGACAGGAACCACAAGUGCAAAAAGAAAAUUCCAGGACACAUUCAUGCCUCAAAGACGACCCAUUCUCCGGGAACGAGGAAAAUCCUCACAGUGGAUCCGAGCAAACUGAGAAUCCGAUAUUCGGAGAUGACAUUAUCGUUGUAUACGAUCAAGAGGCCCAGCAAUGUUGAAUCGCUACUAGGUCGUACAUCUGACGAGUGGAAACGGAUCGCCUCAAAAGUCAUUGAAGAACGGUGAAAACAAACCAAUGAGUAUGCGAUUGCACUCAUUUGACUUCGUUCCCUUUAAAUGGAUCAGGCAGGGUCGAGGGCGUGAAUGCUCCAUUGUAGAAAAUUGCUUGUCAGUAUCUCUUUCUUCCACGUGGUGAUCGCCACAAACAGUUUGAAGUAUGCGGUAUGAAAUAUAUUUUGGAGAUUGAAUAUCAA